GGGCGGCGGCACCGCAUGCGCAGCAAGCCAGGUGCCCGCCGGCCCAGGAGCCGGCAGCAUCGUACGCAGCCGGGCGUCCUCAUGGUGCUGUGUCAGGGCGGCGAGGCUGCCGCCGCCGCUGUCUCAGCUGCCGGCGGGAAGGAGCCGGAGGUGCCGCUGAGCCAGGAGGACGAUGCGGGUCCGGGGCAGUCGCAGCUGUGCCCGGCGCCCGGCGCGGAGGCGGCGGGCGCUGACGAGCCCCGCGUUUGUGGCUGCUGCUCGGGCUUGUCCUGGCCGCGCUGCUGCAAAGCACCCGGAACAAAGAAGAAAGCUCCCUGUCCAGGACUUGGUCUGUUUUAUACUGUACUGUCUGCCUUCCUUUUCUCGGUGACCUCUUUAUUUCUAAAAAAAAUAGAAGAUGUGCACGCCGUGGAAGUGAGUGCAUUUCGAUGCGUUUUCCAAAUGGCAUUUGUUCUUCCUGGUUUAAUAUACUACAAAACAGGGUUUUUGGGACCGAAAGGUAAAAGAAUCUUUCUUUUCUUCCGAGGAUUCUUUGGCUCUAGUGCAAUGGUUCUUCUCUACUAUGCUUACAGAGUAAUGCCUCUAGCUGAUGCCACUGUUCUAACUUUUAGCAGUCCUGUUUUUACAUCAUUGCUGGCUUGGAUCUUUCUCAAAGAGAAAUACAGUAUUUGGGAUCUUCUGUUUACCCUCUUUGCAAUCACUGGAGUGGUCCUUAUUGCCAGACCACCAUUUCUUUUUGGGUCGAACGUUACGGGGAUUGAAGGAAAUUACGCAGAUCAUCUUAAAGGAACUAUAGCAGCAAUUACAAGCGCAGUAUCUACAGCUUUGACUUUUGUUAUACUAAGAAAGGUGGGAAAAUCUGUGCAUUAUUUUUUGUCUAUUUGGUAUUAUGCAGUAAUUGGUUUAACUGGAUGUGUUAUAGUAUUGUCUCUUAUGAAUGAAUGGAGUUUGCCAUAUUGUGGUAAAGAUAGAGUUUUUCUAAUAUUAAUAGGUGUUCUAGGGUUAGGAGGUCAGAUAUUUCUCACAAAAGCAUUACAGAUAGAGAAGGCUGGACCUGUUUCCAUAAUGAAAACAAUGGACGUGCUGUUUGCUUUUAUUUUACAGAUUCUUUUUCUUAAUCAUCUACCAACUUGGUGGACUGUGGGUGGUGCCCUUUGUGUAAUAGCUAGUAGUACUGGAACUGCCAUUCGUAAGUGGCAUCAAAGCUCAAAAAAAGCUAAGCAAAAUGAAAUCUAACAAUUCAGACACUAUUUCAUUACAGAAAUAUAAAUAAUCUUGAGAAAUACAAUAUUUAUUUAUUUUAAAUAUUUCAUUUAUCAAAUUAUGGUAUCCAAUUAUACCCAAUAAAAGUCGAUUUUUCUUUUUAAAAUAAAAUCAAAGCUGUCUAGGCAACUGAUUAGGUAUAUGCCUUUUUGUCUUGUAUUUAGGCAUGAAAGUAUGAGAAGUAGGAAGAUCUUUAAAAGUUGCUUGCCUGUCUAAAGUGGAUGAUAGUUACUGGGCAGACACUUAUUCUCCUUUAAUUUUUAAUCCUUCUGAUUCUCUACUUCUUAGACUCUGUCUCCUGGGAAGUGGGAAUCAAGGUCUUACAGGCUAAUUUGGUGUUGUUCUGUGCUUGAUUUCCAGAGGGACUGCAGUACAAAAAAUUAGAUUACAGCGAAGAAUUACAGCCCUAUAAACAUCCAGCUUUCAUAGCACAGAUAAAGCUUGCACAUUUAUAAACUUUCUAAUAUUUUUACACAAAACAGAUGCCAAAUAUGUAAGGAUUUAUUUUUGAUUGAGCUCUAAAUGAACAAAGAAUGUUUCAUCUUUUUAAGUAAUGUCAAGAGAAAAUAUAACGUGAGAAUUAUCAUCUUUGCUUUCUUUUCAAAAAAAAUUUAAAAUUUUUGCAUUUGGUUUACUGACAUAGUGAAAUAACCAACUCUCAUUGCUUUAAUGUAAUGUUCCCGAUAAAUGUUUCUUUGGCUGCUGCAGUCUUGGUGAUGAGAGACAGUAGUUAUUUGUAUACCACUUGUAAGUUAGCUGUUUCUUGUGGUAUGGAAUGUUAUGCCCUAGCUGCACUCUUCUUUAGUCUAUGCAAAAGAUUUCUUUUUAAGUAUUUAAUAUAGAUUAUUUUAAAUGCUGCUUAUGGCUGCUUUGUUCAAAUUUUCUGUACAUAAAAGUUCUGUAUGAGACCAAGUUUAAGUUCUCUCGACCUUGAUAAAGUUAGGUAAAUGCUUUAUUGUAAACAAUCCUAUUUCCUAAGAAUAUAGUGGAGAGCACAGACUAAUCACAUUUUCACAGAAAAUGUGAGUUAGCCAAGGUCAUAGUAGAGAAACUAAAGAAUGGGAGGGUGGAGUUAGGCAUACCUGACUCAUGACAUGGAGGCAUGCACACUACAUCAGGCAGGGCUAGUUGGCAGCUUCAGCCCCACUUCUCCAGCCGCCCCUGUUAAAUCUGUAGCUAGCCACUUGCACAGUUUCUCAUUUUGAUAGAUUGUGUCUUAAUAGCGACAAAUACUAAGGAAAAACUGAGUCCUGCUAUUGAUUUGUUUCCUUCAUGUUUGAGGAGGAAUAUAUUUUCAGUGUCGUGUGGGGAGAUUUUCCCAAGUGGGUUCUUCCAUACUAUUGGGUUUUAUCUCAGUAGCGCUUGAAGAGUGAUUUAACUUGUAUCUGAAUUUGGCCCUUUACUUUGUAUCAUGAGGUGCUUUUCAGACAUUUACGCUUGGUCCAGUACUUUUCUAAAGGAGAGGAAUGUUAUAUUCUCCACACUUUGUGCACUACUUCUAGUGAUUUUGGAAAAGAAAAUACGUUUUCUUAUUCUCAUUUACAGAUGUCUAGUCACACAACCUUUUCUUUUGCCAGUAUGCAUUGCAGCCUGGCAGGGCAGAUCUAGUGGAGUUGAUUCCUGAGGGAUUGGAACCUGUAUAGUGCUUUGGGAUGCAUCUAGAUGGUAGGAGCUAUCUUUGCGCAAGAUUCUGCUUUUAAAUGUAUGUGGAUUCAGGGUGUUGGUUUACGGACACAAGCAGGUUAUGUUUCAGUGACGGAAGCACUUCCUGCAUAUAGCUGUCCAUCCUGAAAGCUGACGUUCAGCUACUCCCAACAUGGUCAGGAACGGUCCGAAACUGCUUCCAAAUCUCUUUGCAGCCCAGUGUAAUAAUGAAAUUCCAGCUUGGCACCUGUUUCUAUUAAUAUUUGGUAUUGUAAACUGGGACUGUUUCUUCUGCUGCUCAGAAGCUUACUGCUUCUGUCCAUGUUUAAUAUGACCAUCUUUGAAUUGACACUCAUAAAGGUACAGUUCCAUAGCAGGUCUGAUUAGUGUAAAUUUGGCUUGUCAGCUGGUCUUGGUCUAUCCCGUUGUGCCAGUGCUAGUGCUUAUCUGAUUAUGUGGUGAGCUGGCCCUGGGAGCUGAUCAAGCUAAAUAACCUUUCUCUAGGAUUGUUGGAGAUGGCAAAACCAUAAUAGCCUGAGCUUGAUGACAGUGUCAAAACGUUAAGAAGGGGAAUUAGAUAAUAGUUUAAAUUAUAAUCUAUGAAUGCUGUUUCAUCAGUGCAAAAUAAAAAUAAUGUGCAAGUUUUUACUGAAAAAUCUUUAAGUCAUAUAUGAUUGCAACAGUUAUGAAUCUUGCUUACACUUAGAAAAAUACAUACUACUGAAGAAAGGACUUUUUCUGGCACUAGAUACGUAUGCAAGUGCAAAAAGUAAGCAGACCUGAAACCAACAACUUGGUAUAGUAAUUGGAAACUUCUUUCUCCAGUUCUGGUUGAAACUUUGUUAAAUAUACUUCCCUAUUAGUAGUGCUGGAAGCCCUAGAUAAUUUCAGGUUUUUUGCUUGAUCCAAACCUAUAUGGUUGUCUAAGGCUCCAUCUAGUUAUUUUCUUUUGCUGUUCCUAAACCUUCACCAAUCUCAAAAUUUUGUCUUUAUAGAGAGAAGAGCAGAAUAAAGCUGGGGGUUUUUUGCAUCUAUUUGAAACAGAAACUUUGUUUCCUUGGGGAUUCUCAUAUUCAGUUCUAUAAAGAGCUGAGCAAGUGCACCUCACUUAAAUGAGAUAUGAGGGCAAUUUAGUAAGUUCUUAAAGUAACUCUCUAAAUAAGUUCCUGUGUUGUAGAACACUAGUUUUGGAGCAUUAUUCUGACUUUGAAAUAUCUUUCAGAGGAUUGUUUAACCAGUGUGAGAACGACAGACUUAACUAGUGGUUCUUUAGUCAUCUGUUUUCUUCAUGAAGCAUGACUUCUACAACUUGUUUAUCCAGGUUAUUUUGCAAGUGUAAGAUUUAAGCUUUAAGGUUUUUUUUCUUAACCACCUCAAUCUACAUUUGAGAAGAAAAUCAAUUAAAAUAGACUUUAAAAAUUGAAAACUAAUUUUUUCUUAAACCUUUAAGAGGCUUCACUCCAAAUUAUACAAAAGUAUAGUUCCUAAAAAUACCAUUUUAGGGUAAUUGAAAAUAUUUUGCUACCAUGCCCAGUAGGACAGUCGCACUUUUUUUUUUUCCAGAGUUUACAUUUUGAGAAUCUGAAAUGAAACUGGCUGAACCUUGAUUUUUCUAGGUGAUGCUUCUAGAACUUUUUACCUUUGUUCUUCCCUUUGACAUAUUUUUACUUUUGAAAGCUUUUUUCAUUUUAUAACAGCAAAUUCUCAGGGUCUCAAAUGUUAUUUUUCUAAGUUUUGAGUCAGAAUUAUAUUACCAAUGUUCAUCACCUCUAGUGUGCUCUAGUGAUAGUUAUAGUAUUUUUAAGUUUGAUAAAUGUACUUUAAUUUUCUAAAUUUUUCCAUUGUGAUAUUACGGAAUAUUGUUGCGUUGCAAUUGCUAUAAAGUUAGUUACAUUUCUCUUGAAUUUCAACAUAUUGAUUUCAGUAUGCCUUGAAUAGAAAGAGUAAUAAAUAAUUAUUGGUUGUGUUGCACAUGAAUCUAGGGUAAAAAGACUUAAUCGUUAUUGAUGUGUCAGUUUAAACAUGUUUUGUUUUUUGUUUUUUACUAUGCAAAACACUGUAAUCAUCUGUUUUCUUCAGUAGGACUUUGUAGCCUUAAAGCCUUAUGUACCUGAAUCUUUUAUGUAAAGCUGAAAAAGCUAUAUACUGUCACUGUGCAGCAGCCAGUUCCUUUUGGGUUAAGUUGGUUGUCAAAAUCUGGUCUAAAAGCUCCCUAAAUACACCUGUACCAAGAAUUCAAGAGGCUCAUUGUGUAGACAAAGGCAGUCUAUGUAAUUAAAAUGGAUUUCCUACAUUUCUCCAACACUAGAAAUGGAGUGACCUCAGCAUAAAAGCAUUGGUGAAAUAACAAGUUCAAGCUGUAAUUUUUUUCUAAAAUCUUAAACUGGGAUCUUUCCCAAUUCCAGAUGCUGUUUUUAAGACAGAUCUUUGUGUAAUUGGUAAUGACAAGACGGGUCUUAAUACCUUUAUUUAUCAUUUAGUAUAAAGACUUCUUUCCCAUUAUUUUUUCUUCCUUAAUGAGCUCUGUUCAGGAGCUGUCUGUUGGAGGAAAGCUAAUUUUUAAAGGGGCAGCCUCUUAAAAGUUCCUUCCUUUGCAAACUGGCAGUAGUCAACUAGGAAGAAUCUGUUUUCCAGUUCUCUACUAAACAUGCAGGCUCACCCUUGGCAUCGAUCCCACCAGGGUAACAACAGUAUGAUCUCUGUUCGUGGAUGCGUUCAGGAUUGGUAAUGUUGACAGCAGAUGUGCAACACUGACUUCAGCAGGACGUUGCGGUUACCAAGGGGAUGUUUUUCUGGCUGUAACUGUCUAUUCCAAAGAAUGUUGUGACUUCACGUUCCUGUAGAUGCAGGUAACCUUGGUGCAGAACAUAUAUAGAGUUCUGUAAAUUGUUGGUGAUAACACUUCUGUAUAGCAGAAUGAGUAAUUUCAUACGUUAUGUGAGCUAUUGUUUGACAAAAAUGGGGUAAAGAUACCCUCAGCAUUAAAUAAAGGAUUUUUAUUAUGUCCUUUAUAUUGUUGAACAUAUGUUGAAUGAUACGUUUUGUAGAAGUUACUGGCUUUGUUAUGUAGUAUUAUAUUUUUAUAGAAAAUUCUUAUAUCUUGAAAUGUUAAGAAUAUUUUCAUAAGAGGUUUAUAUUCACAAUUGAUAAUAAAAUGAACCUGAAGAAUUAA